GGCCCGGGUCAGAGGUCAGGCCCGGAGCCGCGCAGUCCCGCGCCGGCGCAGCGGCGGGAGGAAGCUUUUUGUUUUCCAGUCAGCGUGCCCGGCGACCGACCGGGCUGCUGCAGGCCGGGAGCCCCGCGCGCCCCACCGCCCCGCACCUUCCCCUCGGCUCAUCCAGUCACCCGUUCGGGGCGGGCGGGCGCGCAGUACAUUUGCUUUAACAACAAGUGGGGGUGGUUGUUGCAUUUACUCCUCCCUCGCGUCUCCUCCCCCUCUUCGCCGCGGCUCUUGACACUACUACAAACCAGGACUAUAAACAUAAACAUGUGUCCCUGCCACGGGGCGGCCGUGUACGCAUUUGGAAGUGGAGUGAGGUGGACUGGGGCUCGGACGCCGCUUGGGGGUCAGGAAAAAAAAAUGGUGUUUCACGUGCUCGACGUCUUCGGGGCUCCCCACACAGGGAUCCAUUUAUAUACAAUGCUGCGAGCACCCGGUCACUUACUCACACAAACCCACAAAGUAGACGUCCCGAUAACCAGAGUUCCCCAAGCAAAUGCACUUGGAUACGAUCCCUCUCCUUUGCAGCCACCUCUGCCGUUCCUUCUUUCAGCAAGCAGGAGCGUCAAUCCCCUUUCCUUACAGAAUAUUCCUUUCCGCAUAACAGUAGAGAUCAACUUUCGACCUACGUCGUACACCACUCUCUUGCCAUAGAAAGUCCCUACACAUUCUGUGCUCAGAGAUCCCCUUCAAACAGCAAGAAAGGCUGUUGGAGGCUUAGUUUGCAAAGGUGUCUUGGCCUUUGCCUUCAUGUAUUUUGCAACUUCUGCUGCAAGUUGCUGCGCCUGGCGCUGUGCAGAUUCGUCACAGCCAACCUUUAUUAUUAUUUCGUCUAUAUUCACACUGCCUCUCAGCUUUUCUCUCAUUCUUGGUUCAACAACCCCAUCAACCUACCACUUAAGGCAGAGUAAAGCAAAUCCCCCCCGCAAGCUUUUGGCUUGAAACAGGAGGGAGAUACAGAAAAUAUUCAGAUGGGGAAGUGGUUCCCUUUGUUCUUUCGUUCUUUCUGAACUGGUGGAUACAAGGCCAAACACUUACCUUCUCUUCUUCCUCCAAAAACCAGCCGCUCCCAUCAGCUUUAAAAUACGCAGUCCACCUUGCGAGGAACUAGGAAUGUGGGGAGAGUUUGUAUUCCAUUCUUUUUCUCCCUCUGCCCUCUUUUAGCGUAGGAUUAAGUUGCGGAGCACGUUGCCGCAAGCUGUAGACCCCCGCCUUAGUGAAUCGGUCACGUUUAGGACCCUCUCAGUCCAUCCUAAUUCUGCCAGUAGAAUUGAGGGUAUUGGAGCUCCAAACUCUCAUAAAGAAAGGAGCCUGUAACUCUCCAGAAAACUUACAAAUACCCUGCAAUUUUUUUUACCAUUGAUUUUUGUACCACCUCACCAAAUAGUGUUUGUUUUUUUUUUUUUUUAAAGGUAUUUCUUGGAGGAAAAUAUAUCUUUGUUGUUGUUCAGCUUACACUUAGCAAAGAAUUACUUAGAAGGAGCAAAAGGCAGAGGCGGCUGACAUGGUCAACAAAUUUAUCAAAGAAACCCCCUGGCUUUUGAAGAAUAGUACUUUAUACAUCUGGAUCUGCACAUCCAGGCAAAGUUCAGAAAUAUCUAUUUAUUCUUUAACCUCACGGAUGUGUCUAAUUUUGGAGGAAGAUGGAGACAUGUAGAUGCCUGGGUUGCAUUUAUGCUGUAGUUGCAAACUCCGAACAGUUACGAAGAUUUUGCCGAAAUUUGCAAAGCAGCCAACAAACUGCCUUGGGAUCCUGGUAAUGCCAGUGGGAAGACCCUUGCUCUUACUUGGCAAUAUUUUGGAUAUCCUUGAAAUCAACAGUAAACCAUGCCUUCAAUUGACUAAGAAGAGGUUAAACCGUAUUGAUAUUCAUCCAAAAUCAGAUGCCUGGCUUUCAUGGGAAAAAUAGGAGCUGUGGAAGACUCAUCUAAACUACCAGCCAAACCAUCAUGGACCACUGAAACAGCUUGCAUUGCACAUUGCCACUUUCUUUUCAUCGUUAUUAUAUAAAACCUCUGGAAGAACCUUGGACUCUACAUUCUGUUCUCUCUGCUGCCGAAGGAAGUAAUCUGUUCCCUGUAAUUCAGAUCUGUGGGGAACAGGACCCUGGCAAAGGCUUGUGCUGGGGACUUUAGGACGAUCCCGCCUCCAGUCCAGCCUGGUUAAUUGUGAAAAGUGUACACAUUUCUGGCGUAUCUAUGCUUUGUUAUGGGGCUGACGCGAAACUACCUCCUCCCCACCCCACCCCACAGCAGAAAACCGAAAUCCAGUUGAACUGUUACAGUGUCUCGGAGCUGGAGCCUGGAACUGCUUGCUUCCUUGGUCAAAUAACUUUGUUUCUGGUUGUAAAAAGGCUUUCAGGGGGGUAAAAGGGAAAAUCGAGAGAAAUUCCAAACGAUGCCUUGAGACACACGCAGCAUCUGGCGGAAGAUUAACAUACAUACAUGUGUAUGUAUGCGUCACGUAUAUAUUUACUGCAAAUGGUGGGGGUCAUUUAGUGCCCGAGAUGGGAGACCUGAAGUCAGGUUUCGAAGAGGUGGAUGGCGUAAGGCUCGGCUACCUCAUCAUCAAAGGCAAGCAAAUGUUUGCCCUCUCCCAAGUCUUCACGGAUCUGCUGAAGAACAUCCCGAGGACGACCGUGCACAAGCGUAUGGAUCAUCUCAAAGUGAAGAAACACCACUGCGACCUGGAGGAGUUGCGGAAACUCAAGGCCAUCAACAGCAUCGCCUUCCACGCGGCCAAAUGCACGCUCAUCUCCCGGGAGGACGUGGAGGCGCUCUACACCUCCUGCAAGACGCAGCGCGUGCUCAAGACCAAGCGCCGGCGGCCCGGCCGGGCUCCGGCCACCCCAGCACCGCCACCCGAGCGCGCCAGCCCCCGCCCGGCUCCCUGGAAGGACCCGCCGCGGCUCUGGCGGGGCCUGAGCGGAGCCGAGCGGCCGCCAAUCAGCGCGCAGUCCCCGCGCCCCGCGCGCCCCGCCGCCCAGCUACCUCCGGUUUUCUGUAAAGCCCCGGGCUCGCGCUACCCGGAUCUGGCGCGCUCGCCCUGCAAGCCCCCUCCGAACUACGAGACGGCCCAGUUGCCGGGCAGCUACGUCGCCGUGCACUCGGACCCCGCUUAUUUCCGGAGCCUGCUGUGCAGCAAGCACCCGGCCGCAUCCCGCGCCCCGCCGCCGCCGCGUCCCCACCCCCCACAGCACCCCCGGCCGCAGCCGCGGCCGGGCAGCUUUCCCGAGAGCUGCAGCAGCGACUCCGAGUCCAGCUCCUACUCCGACCAUGCAGCCAACGACUCGGAUUUCGGCUCCAGCGUGUCCAGCUCCAGCAACUCUGUGUCCUCGGAGGAGGAGGAGGAGGAGGGUGAGGAGGAGGAGGAAGAGGAAGAGGAGGAGGGGGGCAGCGGGGCCUCGGAUUCCAGCGAGAUGAGCUCGGAGGAGGAGGACUCAUCCACCGAGUCCGACUCCAGCUCAGGCUCCAGCCAAGUGUCGGUCCAGAGCAUCCGUUUUAGGCGCACCAGCUUCUGCAAGCCUCCCAGCGUGCAGGCGCAGGCCAACUUCUUGUACCAUCUGGCCUCCGCCGCAGCUGCAACCAAACCCGCUGCUUUCGAGGAUGCAGGCAGACUUCCCGACCUCAAGAGUGGAGUCAAAGCCGAGUCGCCGGAGGAGUGGACUCUGCAGAGCUGGGCCCCCAAGGCGUCCCCGCUGUACUGCCCGGCUGGCCUGGGGACUUGUUUCCCCGACAUGAGGAACGCUAGGGUCUCUGAGAUGACAUUCCCACACUCGGAAAUUUCCAGUACUGUAAGAAGAACUGACCUGACAGUUAACUGCCUAGCGGAGGGGGCCUCUUCACCUAGCCCAAAGACAAACAGUGUAUUUCCACAACAAAGAAUACUCCGGGAGGCUAGGGAAUGCCCACCAGCAAAUCCUGCACACUGUGCAGACCACAGCACGUUAGCUGCUCGGUUCUCAAACCACGAUUCCUCUGGAACAGCGGCAAAUUCAGAAAAAGAUUCCAAAAUUCCUCCUUGCCCUGAAUUUGCCACAGAUUUGCCCUCUUCUCACACUGACCCUGAGGUGGAUGCGGAGCCUCUCUGCACUGACACAGGCGACAAGGCAUGGCCAUUUCUGCACAACAUUAAAAUCAAAGUAGAAGACAGUAGUGCUAGUGAAGCAUAUGAACCUGAUCUUAUCACAGAUAAGCUAAAGUGCGAGUGCAAUGAUACAAAGGGUGAGUUUUACAGUGGGACCGAAAGUAAAGAGGAGGACGCCUUGUUAGCCACAGCCAAGGAAGGUUUUGCAUGCCCUGAGAGAGAAUCUCCUUCCUUAAAUCCAUUGGCUCAGAGUCAGGGCCUUUCAUGCACUUUAGGUUCUCCAAAACCUGAGGAUGGGGAAUAUAAAUUUGGUGCCAGGGUGAGAAAAAAUUACCGGACACUAGUGCUGGGAAAACGACCUGUCCUUCAGACACCUCCAGUCAAACCAAAUUUGAAAUCAGCUAGAGGCCCUCGUCCUACAGGUAAAAAUGAAACCCAGGAUGGAACACUGGAUGACCUCACAGUUCUCAACAGACGCAAAAAGGUAGCCAGCAAUGUAGCAUCGGCAGUGAAAAGGCCGUUUAAUUUCAUGGCAAAUUUUCCUUGUCCACCAUCUCUCGUUAUUGGGAAGGAUGGGGAUUUGUGGCCGGCCUAUUCUUUAAACACCACUAAGGAUUUCCAACCUCCUCACAAGGCCCAUCCUAUAUGGAAAUGGCAGCUGGGCGGUUCUGCGAUACCUCUUCCACCUAGUCACAAAUUCAGGAAAUUUAAUUCAUAAAAAAUGUUUUGGAAGAUAUUUUCUUGAACCAUAUUACCUUCC